AUGGCUCUGCUGGCGAAACGGCUCUGCUUGCCUGCAAGACAUUUCGCAACCGCCGCAACUGGCAGGCACUACGAUGUAGUCUGUAUCGGUGGGGGACAUGCAGGUUGUGAAGCAUCGGCGGCAUCAGCACGAUCAGGCGCACACACAGCGCUCAUCACCCAGAAGCUAGACGCCAUUGGUGAGCUCUCUUGCAAUCCCAGCUUCGGUGGUAUUGGCAAGGGAACGCUUGUACGCGAGAUUGAUGCACUUGGCGGCUUGUGUGCACAAGUCUGCGACGAAGCCGGCAUUCAGUUCAUGGUUCUUAACAAGUCCAAGGGCCCAGCUGUAUGGGGUCCACGCGCUCAGCUCGACAGGAAGCUCUACAAGCGGCACAUGCAGCAGGCACUAGCACGCUGCGAGAAUCUCGACAUUGUUCAAGGCAUCAUCUCCGACUUGGUACUGCCGGACGGCAAAGUCAGCGGCGUCCGUCUCGAGUCGGGCGAAGUCAUCACUACGAGCAAGGUCAUCCUCACGACUGGCACGUUCCUCGGUGGUGAGAUACACAUAGGCCUUGAGUCAUUUCCGUCUGGACGACUGGGUGAAGCUGCAUCUACAGGCUUGUCGGCGUCGCUCAAGCGAGCUGGCUUCCAGCUCGGUCGCCUCAAGACCGGUACACCGCCACGGAUACGAAAGAGCAGCAUCAAUUUCAACGGUCUGUUUGGCCAGCAUGGCGACGACCCGCCAAUGCCUUUUUCACAACUCAACGAGCGUGUUGCUAUCGCCACAGACGCUCAGACAACGACUUAUCAAACACGCACGACGGUAGAGACGCAUGAUCUGGUACGGAGACAUUUGCACGAGUCUGUUCACAUACGAGAGACGGUUACUGGCCCUCGCUACUGCCCGUCAAUCGAAUCAAAAGUGCAAAAGUUUGCUUCAAAGCCAGAGCACCUCAUCUGGCUCGAAUCUGAGGGCCUCGAUUCUGAUCUCAUCUAUCCCAAUGGCAUUAGUAUGACUCUCCCAGCUGAGGUACAACGUAAAAUGCUGCAUACUAUUCCAGGACUCGAGCAUUCCGAAAUGACUUCACCAGGUUAUGGCGUUGAGUACGACUAUCUCGACCCCCGAGGCCUCCACACCACACUCGAGAGCAAACGUAUCGCAGGGUUGUAUCUUGCUGGGCAAAUCAAUGGUACAACAGGCUAUGAAGAAGCAGCCGCACAAGGUCUGCUUGCCGGCGCAAACGCAGGGCUUUCCGCGCAAAACAAACCACCGCUGAUCAUCUCUCGAGCAGAUGCUUUUUUGGGCGUACUCGUGGACGACCUCACCACCAAAGGCGUCGAUGAGCCAUACAGAAUGUUCACAUCGCGCUCAGAAUUUCGACUCAGUGUUCGCAGUGACAAUGCCGACUUGCGCUUGACCCAGCUGGCCCAGCAAGCAGGCAUUCUGCGUGGCGACCGCUGGCAGCAAUUUAGCACCUCUCGCGACACGAUGGAUGAAAUUCGAUUGCUGCUGCAUGCGACGCUUCUGUCUCCUACAGAAUGGCGCACACGAGGUGUACAGGUGAAUGCAGAUGGCAAGCGGCGCUCUGCUUUUGAGCUCCUGGCACGCUCCGAAAUCUCUACCAAAACGCUCAAGUUAGCUGUGCCAGCUUUGGACCGCUACAGCGAUACACUCCUCGCUCGACUCGAUAUCGAAGGCGCAUAUGCGCAUUACAUCACUCGCCAGGAGGCCGACAAUCGUGCUGUGCUGCUUGCCGAUGAGCAACUUUUGCUGCCAAAAACAGUGGACUACGAUCGAGUGUCGUCCUUGAGCCACGAGGCGCGCGCUGCGCUCAAGUCGACACGGCCCGACACGCUCGGUCAAGCUGGACGCCUCAAAGGUGUAGAUGCGAGCGCCCUUGUUAAUCUUUUGCGGCACGUCAAGCCAACACGCUCGGCUUGUUCUGUUGAGCCAAUCUCGAGCGCGACGAGCCGUGCCGUACUUUUGGACAGCAUUUGCGCGAUUCGUCGAUAG